UCCACUUCAUUUUCAUUUUCACAGUCCAAAGAACAAAAGGAGAUGGAGUCGCCAAUGGCGCUUCGCCUCGAGGAGACAUUAAACAAACUCAAAGCAUUUCUUCGUCUCUGCCUCCUUCUCCGACGACGCUCCAUCUACCGGACACGAAAUGUCUUGGAAGAUGAUCAAACCGCGAGAAACCUUGAACGUGAUUCGAGUUCUAGGUAUGAGAGCUGUGAAGAAUUUGAAGACGAUGUGGAUCACCGAGCGGAGAUCUUCAUCGAGAAUUUUCGUCGUCAAUUGAGGUUAGAAAGACAAAUUUCUUUGCAAUUGAGGUUGUAUGGAGUUAAUAAUAAUAGCUUUGAAACAGAUUAUGAAGAAAUAUUGCCGCCACCACCACCUCCACCGCCGAUUGUAUGAAUGAAUUUCUUGUUGAAAUUGAACCAAAGUGCUGUUUUGUGUGUUGUUGAGAAUUUGGAAAGAGAUUUCUUAAUUUGUGUUUGAUUUUGUCUUCUCAUGAAAGUUAAUUAUGAGUUAGUUGUUUAUUGAUGCCACUUCAAUUUUAUCAGAUUUGUAAUUGUUGAUUUGAGUAAAAUAUUGUUUGUGUUCAUAUGAAUUUGAAUUAGAGUAAAUUUAUUGUUGAUGGAUUGAA